AACAUAUUCUGUUGGUUUAUGGGUUGACUACUGUGUCUUUGGUGUUUCUGUCUUUGAGGAUCCUAACGAUGUCCGUAGACUAUUCAAAAGAGGCAUUUCCUUUGUUGGGAAGGAUUAUUUAUGCCAUAAAUUAUGGGAUAAGUAUAUUGAAUUUGAGUUCUCGCACCAGCAUUGGGACUUACUAGCUCUUGUUUAUGUCCAAGCUCUCAGAUUUCCUACCAAAAAGUUGCAUCUAUAUUAUGACAGUUUUAAGAAGUUGGGUACCAUAUGGAAAGUGGAGAUAGAAUCUCAGAGAGAGGGGGCAAUGGAAUUACAAGCAGAAUCAGAGGAAGUAAUUGAAGUUUCUGCACAUUAUAAAGACAAUGAAAUUUAUGAUAUUAUCAAACUCCUGCUGGAUCCAUCCACCGGGCUUCGUGGGAUCUAAAGCACUGAAGAAAUAUUUGUCCAUUGGAGAACAAUUCUAUCGCGAAGCAUGUCAGUUGGAUGAAAAAAUAUGUUGCUUUGAGAAUUGCAUUUGGAGGUCUUAUUUUCAUGUAAAGCCACUUGAUAAAAGUCAAUUGGAAAAUUGGCAUGAAUAUUUGAACUUUGUUGAAGUGCAAGGGGAUUUUGACUGGGCUGUUAAACUUUAUGAGAGAUGCUUAAUUCCAUGUGCCAAUUAUCCUGAGUUCUGGAUGCGAUAUGUGGAUUUCAUGGAAAAUAAUGGUGGAAGAGAGAUAGCAAACUUUGCAUUGGCACGGGCAACACAGAUUUUUUUGAAGCGAGUGCCAGUAAUCCAUCUGUUCGAUGCUAGGUUCAAGGAACAAAUUGGAGAAUUAUCAGCUGCACAUGCUGCUUUUCUACAGUGUGAAAUGGAAUCAGAUUCGGGAUUUGUUGAAUAUGUUAGAAUGAAAGCUAACAUGGAAAAACGAUUAGGGAAUUUUGUAGCAGCUUCUAAUACAUACAAAGAAGCUCUUGAACUUGCUUCAGCGAAGAAAAACUUAAAGAUUCUUCCAGCAUUGUACAUUUAUUUUUCUCGACUUAUAUAUGUGGAAUUAAUAAAAUUUGUAAUGAUCCAUGGAGGGGCUCAGCAAGUGGAGAUGGUCGAUUCUAUCAUAGCCAAGGAAAUAUCUCCUGAUCCAGAUGCUUCUCACACUUUGGUUGUGAAAGAUUUAGAAGACAUUUCAAGCUUAUAUGUACAGUUUGUUGAUCUCUACGGAACUAUUCAUGAUAUAAGAAAGGCCUGGAGUCGGCACUUCAAAUUGUUUCCACAAUCUUUGAUGACAAUGUAUAAGCGCUCACCUCUGUGUACAGGACCCUUGAGUAUUACUAUAGAAGGAAAAAAUGAAACUCAUAUUGCUUCAUCUCAGCAGCCAUCAGGAGCUUGUGACAUUAAUGAUACAGUCCACUUUCCACUUCAGGACAAGAAUCUAUCACUUCCAGAAGCUGAAGAUACACAAUCUAAUGAUUUUUCUGCUAGCAAGGGAUCAGACCAGAAAUCUCAGUUGCCGAAAAAUCACGACCUUCUUUCUGACCAGGUUACAACUGACCUGCUUCAAUCAAGAGAGACUGAAAGUAGUUCACAUGCACAAGUACAACAGGUAUCUCUUGAAGCUCUAAAACAAUCCAUGGAAGAUACAAUUGAGCCGAAUGUGUUAUCUCAAACACCAGUUGAUCGAGUUGCUGAUGAAGUUAAAACUUUACAAACAUCACAAGAUGUUAGAGAAAAUGAUGUUCAGCAUGCAAAUGACUAUAAAUCCGAACAGGAUCUAGAGCCACUUAAACUAGAGAGACUUUCUUUAGAUUCUGAGGGUGAUAAAAAUAUACAUUCAGUUCAUGCCGAGUCUGAUAAGUGGGAAGCUUCUCAAGAAACCAGCAUGUCAAAUGGAAGCAUACUUACGAAUGGCCAGAAUACUAUGGAAGCGCAUUUCUUGUCAAGUCCAAGGUGUACUCGGUCAUCCGAUGCCAUUGAGAUUCAAACCUGUACCCAUAGUCCAUCUACAGCAAGCCCUCAAGUUGGCGUAACAGAGGCAUCUCAUCGACAACGGUCGUCAAUUCAAAGUGGUCGAAACUGGCAUCGAAGGAACAAUGCAGAUAAAGUUUAUAGAGAAUCAAAAUCCAACUUCUCUGGAAAUUCACGUAAAAAGUUCUCUCAACAGUUUCAUGUUUCCCAAGAAAAACAAUAUUCACGGCCUGACAAUGGCACCCAAACACCUGCAGCCCAAGUUUAUCCUAAUCAACAUAUAUAUUCAGAGAACCCACUGGGCCCUCAAGGUAGCCAAGAACUAACUCGUCAACCAACAUCUACUACUCAUGCUAAUCAAGCAGUACCACCAGCCUGGUCUAUAACAAAUAUGCAAGAGCAUAACUUUUCCUCGACACCUAUGGGUCAAAUACCGUCUCAAGUUGUUUCUUACCCUCAAGGGCAGAUGCUUCAAUAUCAACUGCAAAGAAAUGAGCAGCAGGGACCUAUGCAGAAUAAUCAAGCAUAUACUCAAAUGUGGCAAUAUUAUUAUUACCAGCAACAACAGCAGCAACAGGUUCUUUUGCUGCAGCAGCAACAGCAGUUGCAAGAGCAGCAGCUGCUGCAAUUGCAACCACACUAUGUGCAGCAGGAAGAAGUUCAACAACAGCAAGCAUCUUCUCAGCAUCCACAACAGCAACCACCUCAGCGUCCAGAACUGGAGCAAUUCAAACAGUAUGAUCCGCAGCUGCAGUUUGAGCAGAAGCAACAAUUGCUGCAACAACAUCAAUACACUCAGUUGCAACUGCAGCAACAACAACAGUUAUUGCAGCAGCAGCAACAGCCAUAUCAACAGCAUGUCCUUUACAUGCAGCAGCAGGAGCUGCAACUGCAGCACCCACAAUAUCAGCAAUUAGAACAGCAGCAGCUUGUACUACAACAAUUGAAUCCUCAGACAAUGCUGCAACAAGAACAACAACUAAGGUCACAACAACCAGGGCAACAGGGAGAAGAACAAAGACAAGUUGAACUACAGACAUCUAAAACUGCAGUUUCAGACAUGGAAAAAUAACUGUAAGAAUGUUUGCUUCUGAACAAGUUCAUGUUUUAAGAGAGGUAUAACUUUUGUGUCCUUGUAUUCACUUAUUCCUAUGCAUAAAUUUGUAUAUAAACUUCAUUGAUGCAAUAGUUUUAUUCUUUUAUCACUUGCAUAUUUAACAAAAUUUUGUUAGGAUGUUCAUAAUGUACAUGUAAGACUUAAAUCAUCAAAAGGUACAAGAAGUGAACUUGGACCAAGUAGAGAUAGAAGAAUCGAGAAUGAAGUUUGAUUUGUGUUUGUAUUUAACUUUUUGUUGAUGCCAAAUAUAUGACCCUGUAAUUUUUUGGAGGCCAAGUGUGGGUGCAUUGGAUUUUUGUGGCUCCAUACAAUACUUUUUAUUGAUGUCAAAUGUAUGAGAUCUUAUAAUU